AUGGACACGAACGGCCUGCCGUAUCUCGGGAAUAUGAACAAGACCGGUUCCGAUCCCCAGUUCGCACGGAUGCUUCCGAUGCCUACGGCCAUUGACUGGCGCUCCACCCGUGCCGAUGCGCAGCGUUCCGCCCGCGCGGGCAUGCCCUUACGGUCUGUGAUUGGACAAUUAUGCGGCCAUCAGGCCCCGGUUGGCCAAGAGUGCGACAGUUGUGCGAAGGGGAAUGGGCGGUUUGUGAACUGUCGUGUCCUUUUUCUUCCCGAUCCGAAACAACCCUCGAUUCAAUGGUCCUGGGCGUGCGCGAGUCGUAACUUCUCAAGCGGUGCGAACAAGUGUUCCUUCCGUCCGGAGAACAACAACCCCUAUGGGGCCAAUUUUGAUAGUGAGAAAAGUGAGGACCCGGACAACGUGAACGAAACCCCCGAGAAUCCGGAUACCUACAUAGACCUUCACUUUUGGUGA